AUGGAUAAAUACCGAGUUGACAAGGUUUUGGGAAAAGGUGGCUUCGGAAAAGCGCUUCUUGUUACAUCCCUCGAGAAUGAGUCAAAGAAAAGGGUCGUCAAACAGAUAAUUCUUAGCAAAUUAAGUGAGAAACAACAACUAAAAGCAGAGUCUGAGAUUACGAUCCUAAGUACCCUCAAGCAUACGAACAUUGUUAGGUACAGAGGCUGCAAGAAGACUAAAUCUUCUCUAUUUAUUCUCAUGGAUUAUGCUGAUGGGGGAGAUCUUCAGCAAUUACUAAAAAGACGGAACUUGUCUUCAAUACCUGAAGAUAAGAUCAUUGAUUGGUUUACUCAGAUAUGUCUUGCUGUCAAGUAUAUUCACGAUCGAAAAAUUAUUCAUCGCGAUAUCAAACCAAGCAACAUCUUUCUUGAUAGUAAUGGUGUCCUUAAGCUAGGUGAUUUCGGUCUUGCUCGUUUUCUUGAUAGCACUGAAGCAUUUGCUGCAACAUUUGCAGGUUCACCUUAUUACAUGCCCCCAGAGAUCUGCAAUGUCCAAAAGUACAACGCAUCUGCGGAUAUUUGGUCCCUUGGAUGUGUGCUUUAUGAAAUGUGCAAUUUAAGAAAAGCAUUCUAUGGAAUCAAUGUUCACAACAUUAUGCUUGAUAUCACAAGAAAUACACCUUCAAAGAUAAGAAGCUUUUACUCGAAGGAAUUGAGUGAUUUAGUUUCAUCAAUGCUCAACAAGGAUCCUCAACUUCGCCCAACAAUUAACGAAAUUUUGCAAAUUCCAAUUAUUAAGUUCAAAGCAAUUGCAUUGAUGGGGUCAGAAGUAGCAUCAAAAGAGCUUAAUCAUACAGUUUUUCAUGGAAUUGGUCCAGGAUUAACACCUUCUAACGCUCCAAAAGAAAUCAAGAUUGAUUACAUUCCUGAAGCUGAAGAAGAUGAUGAAGGAGUUAAGUUCAUGGGAAGGAAGUUUAAAUUUGAUAAAGAAUGCAAUGAUACAUCAAUGAAAUCAAUGGCAAUCCGAAAAUUUUUAUCAGAUAUGCUCGGUGAGGAGAAAUUCAGUCAAAUGUAUCAAAUGAUCAGCACAUCUUCACUAAAAAUUGAGUGGAAAUGGGCAACAAAAAUGGAAGAAUAUGCAUCUCAAUUGAUCAUACAAUUGAUUGCAUUGGAAUCAAUCUUAUAG